GGGGGAGAAGGGGCGCACGGGGCUGUGGCGGAUCAUGGAGCUGAAAUGGCUGCUGUAUGUGACCCUGCUAGCUCUUGGGACUCUUGCUGUCCAGGCACAUGAUACAGAUGAUGACAAUGAUGGUGAUGAUGUAGUUGAUAUUGAGGAUGACUUGGACGAUGGCAUUGAGGAGGCAGAAGAGUCAAAGCCUGAAAUGAGUACUCCUCCUCCAACUCCAAAGGUUACCUACAGGCCCCCAGUCCCAACUGGCGAGGUGUAUUUUGCAGAAUCCUUUGAUAAAGGAACUCUGGAUGGAUGGAUCCUUUCCAGAGCCAAAAAGGAUGAUACAGAUGAUGAGAUUGCCAAAUAUGAUGGUAAAUGGGAAGUCCAAGACAUGAAGGACACUAAGCUUCCAGGAGACAAAGGGCUUGUGUUGGUAACCCGAGCCAAGCACCAUGCAAUUUCAUCCAAACUUGCAAAGCCUUUUGUAUUUGAUACCAAACCCCUUAUUAUACAGUAUGAAGUAAACUUCCAAAAUGGAAUAGAGUGUGGUGGGGCCUAUGUGAAAUUGCUUUCAAAAACCCCGGAAUUGAACCUGGACCAGUUCCAUGACAAAACUCCAUAUACAAUCAUGUUUGGCCCUGUCAAAUGUGGAGAGGACUAUAAAUUGCACUUCAUCUUCCGGCACAAAAACCCAAAGACUGGCAGAUACGAGGAGAAGCACGCAAAGCGUCCAGAUGCGGACCUGAAGAGUUACUUUACUGAUAAGAAGACCCAUCUUUACACUCUAGUCUUGAAUCCUGAUAACAGUUUUGAAAUCCUGGUUGAUCAAACGGUUGUUAACAGUGGGAAUUUGCUAAAUGAUAUGUCCCCUCCUGUGAAUCCACCCCGAGAGAUCGAGGACCCGAAUGACCAGAAGCCUGAGGACUGGGAUGAGAGACCAAAAAUCCCAGACCCAGAUGCUGUUAAACCAGAUGACUGGGAUGAGGAUGCUCCUGUAAAGAUAGCAGAUGAAAAUGCUGUGAAGCCAGAGGGCUGGCUGGAUGAUGAGCCAGAAUAUGUAGCGGACCCUGAUGCCGAGAAGCCUGAAGAUUGGGAUGAGGACAUGGAUGGUGAAUGGGAGGCACCUCAGAUUGCAAAUCCUAAAUGUGAGGCAGCACCUGGCUGUGGUACCUGGCAGCGACCAAUGACUGACAAUCCAAACUACAAAGGCAAAUGGAAGCCUCCUAUGAUUGAUAAUGUGAACUAUCAGGGCAUUUGGAAACCUAGGAAGAUCCCAAACCCAGAUUUCUUUGAAGACUUGGAACCUUUCAAGAUGACUCCCUUCAGUGCUGUGGGACUUGAGCUGUGGUCAAUGACUUCUGACAUCUUUUUUGACAACUUUAUUAUCUGCACUGAAAGAGCUGUAGCUGAUGAUUGGGCCAAUGAUGGAUGGGGACUGAAAAAGGCAGCAGAUGGUGCUGCAGAGCCUGGUGUUGUGGGCCAGAUGAUGGCAGCUGCUGAAGAGCGUCCCUGGCUUUGGGUGGUCUACAUCCUCACUGUGGCUUUGCCAGUGUUCCUUGUUGUCCUUUUCUGCUGCUCUGGGAAGAAACAGCCAAGUGCUGCAGAAUACAAAAAGAACUGUCGUGAGUUAUUUGCCAUAAGAACAUCAUGUUCUGUAGUUUAUUCUUCUUUGGAGACAAUCCAAAUGCGAAAGAACGUCAGGACCAGAAUUAAAAAUUCCUGUUAUAAUAUUGAGAAUGGAAGGAGAGAAAAGCCUUAG